AUGGAGGACUACGUAGCUAUGGCCAUUGAAGGUGCUUCACAGAACGAAGAGUAUGUACUGUCACCGAAAUUCUGCAAUUUCUCCACAAUCGCCGACAAGAGCUCGUUGAACACGCACGAUGAGGUACUGUUCAUGCUUUUCACAGCCAAACAAACAAAUACUCAAAUAAAUAAAUUAGUACAUCACCGAAUAUUGUUGGAAUGUGGAGUACCUUGUACAUUCGGAUUGGUAGAUUUGGAAGCAGUAUGGUCUAAGGAUCGUGUCAGCCAGGUCAGAGCUUGA